GAUGAAUUUACGAUUGCAGUAGUCUAAGAGAAUAUCUCGAUAGCCGACCCUGAGGUAUUUCCAGUUCCUUCCGAGCGUAGCGGUGCUGCAAUGAAUACUCCUGACAAUGAUCCUGCCAUCGGCGGCGGUGGAUUCGACGGCGAAAAAGCUGGCGAUGAUAAACUCGAGGAAUUUUCUGACGACUUCAAAUGUUGCGUUUGCUUGGAUCUCAUCUACAAGCCAGUUGUUUUGGCAUGUGGCCAUAUUUCAUGUUUUUGGUGUGUCUUUGAAGCAAUGGACACUUGGCAGGAAUCUAGUUGCCCUGUUUGUCGCCAUUCAUAUAACCAUUUUCCUAGCAUCUGUUGGCUCCUUCACUCUGUGUUGCUGAAGUUGUAUCCUAAAGACUAUCAAAGAAGGGAAAUUCAAGUGAAAGAGGAUGAAAAGACACGUGGAACCUUCUCACCACAGUUUGAAAACUACUUAACAGUAUCAAAUAAUAAUAAACAAGCUGUUAAUGAUUUACUUUGUGGAAUAUGUAAAGAACUUCUCUAUCGACCUGUGGUUCUUAAUUGUGGACAUGUUUUUUGUGAAACAUGUAUUGUUGAUUCAUCCAACAAGCCAUGUCGAUGCCCAGUGUGUCAAAGCAUGCAUCCAAAUGGAUUCCCAAAAGUCUGUUUGGUUCUAGAAGGUUUCUUGGAACAGAAUAUUCCGGAAGAAUAUUCCGCAAGAAAAACGGCUAUUAACAACCUCAAAACUCACGAACAAGGAAGCUCAUCAACAGGGUCAACACAAGUUCCACAAGGUGGUCAAUGUUCAUCUGUCUCUAUGAGUGAUUAUUUGUGCAAACCAGGGUUGAAGGUUCACUUUCUAGUUGGUUGUGACUUUUGUGGGAUGUAUCCGCUUGUUGGAGACCGGUAUAAAUGCGAAGAUUGCUUAGAGGAUAUUGGUUUUGACCUAUGUGAAGAUUGCUACAAAAAUUCAUCUAAUCUUUCCGGAAGGUUUAAUCAACAACAUAAACCAGAUCAUAAGUUUAAGGUUGUUGAACCUAAUCCUUAUUAGUUUCUUAAUUUUUUUUAUAAGUUCUUUAUAAUUUUGGAAAACAGAAAUUUUUUAUUUUCUGUGAAAAUUUAAGAAAACUUGUCUUAUGUUUUAGAUUUUUUUUUUCUUUCCCCAAAAAACUACUUAUUUUUCGUACCCUAACUUGUUUGAAACAUAUAUAUUAUUAAGUUGUAAAUAAAUAUGAAUAUAUGAUCAAGUUAUUAAAA